CAUGCCUUUCGCACUUUCUGAUUUUUAUCUUCAGGAUACUACUCUACUCUACCUUCCCUUUCUUCUCACUAUAUAAUCCCCCAUUCCCCUUUAACACCAAUCCAAACACGCCCUUCCUAUCAUUUCUCCCUUUGACUCUCUCCCCAGCUCAUCUCUAUACAUAACUCCAUCUUAUCCUUUACUUCAUUGAUUCAUAUACACACAAAUAUUAUUGAAUAUGAUGACUGAUUACACCGGCGGCGGAUACUCCGAUGACGACCGAGUCUCCGACUGGGAGCACGGAUUGCCUAACGUCUCCGACUUGACUCCGUUAUCUCAGCCGUUGAUCCCGCCGGAAUUAGCAUCGGCGUUCAGCAUAACGCCGGAACCCUACCGGACUAAUCUCGACGUGGCUCGUGCUUCACAGAGAACAAUGUCAUCUCUCAAAGGCCAAUACAACAACAACAACAAUAAUAAUAAUUACAUACAAGCUAAUAAUUGGAAUUCAUCGUCGUUGGAUGAAUUUCCAAUCUCGGAUCCAAACGGAGACUGUCUCCGUUCGGAUCCGAGAAACUCGAGAAAACUCGAGACGGAGGUGGCUACCAAGAGAGCCAGGCUAGUGUGGACCCCUCAGCUGCAUAAGAGGUUCGUGGAAGUGGUGGCGCAUUUAGGGAUCAAGAAUGCGGUGCCGAAGAGGAUAAUGGAGAUGAUGAAUGUGGAAGGGCUGAGCCGCGAGAAUGUCGCGUCUCAUCUGCAGAAGUACAGGCUCUACUUGAAGAGGAUGCAAGGGUUAUCGAGUGAGGGCUCUUCGGUUUAUGAUCAGCUGUUUGGUUCGACGCCAGUGCCGCAGAGUUUACGGGAGGGGAACGGCGGGUCGAUGGCGACGGCGUAUGGUGGACAAAUGGUGGCAAUGCCGGGGUAUGGACAAGCUGGGAUGUAUCAUGGAUAUGAUUAUAGAUAAUGACUUAUUGGUUGGGAAUAAGUUGAAUUGGAGCUUUAAUUUGGGAAAAAGAUCCUUUGUUGGAUUUAUAUUUGUAUAUCGAUCAUGGUGCUGAAUUCAUCAUUGAUGGGUUUAUAUGAAUAAUUGACAUGGUGUUUUGUUCUAAA